GGAAGCGCCGGCGCGCAGCCAUGGACUUCCCCGGCGCAGCCAUCAUCAUGGCGCAAGUGAAAGAGAAGCCGAAGCGCAAGCGCGUGGGGCUGACGUCGGUGGGACCCCCCAUCCGGCCCCACAUGGCCAUCCUGGGCCCUGAGGGCACGCCUGCGGUGCACAGCCGUGGCGGCACCACGCUUACCGUCGAAGUGCGGAAGAAGCAGCACCCGGCCCUUGUCACCAAGAUGCCCUUUGUGCCCACCCACUACUACAUGGCCAA